AUGGCUUUUUCAUCUUCUUCUUUAUCCUUUUCACCUUUCGUUUUGGCACUCACCGUUUCCAUUUUCGUUUCCGUCGUUUCACCUACUCAGGCUCUCACUUGUGCUUCUCAGAAGCUUUCACCAAACCACACCUUCGCAAACUGCACAGAUCUCCCAGCUCUUGCCGCGACUCUUCAUUACACCUACAACGACACCACCCGCGCCAUCUCCGUCGCGUACUCCGCCACACCGCCUGCAAACGGUUGGGUCGCAUGGGGAAUUAACCCCACCGGCGGCCGUAUGGUCGGAACUCAAGCACUCAUCGCUCUCAAAAAUCAAGGCAAAGUCGAAGUCCUCCUUUUCAAUCUCACUUCCUACGAUUCUAUUGUCCCCGUCAAGAAUCUCUCCGUUGGGACAUCGGCGGUUUCCGGUGAAGAAGCUAACGGCGUUAUAACGAUAUUCGCAACGGUUAUUAUACCGGAAAUUAAUAAUUUCACUCAGGUCUGGCAAGUGGGACCCGUUGUUAAUGGAAGGCCAAUGAAGCAUAGUUUUGCGCCGGAUAAUUUGAAAGCUGUUGCGAGGUUGUCUGUGGGGACCACUGCAAUUGGAGGUGGGAAUAGCACUACUGGAGGUGGGAAUAGCACCGCACCUGCUCCUUCUGCUGCAGGUGAUAAGAGUGGUGGGGUGAGUUUAGUAGCACCUGGGUUUGGAUAUUACUUUGGGUUUGCUUUGAUAAUGUUGUUGAGUUUAAUUACUAUGUGA